AUGACUACUAUACAUUUUACGCCUUGUGAACUUAUCUUAAAAAUUGGUAGUAAUGAAUGUGAUGAAAUUUCUACAGCAAUAAGUAGUCUUCUUCGUACAUGUUCUAUAAGUGAACAAUCAUUUUUCGUUAUUGAACGUCAAAUACAACCAACAACCUAUUAUGGUUCAUUCACAAGUCAAUCAUCACCAUCAACAUCUUUACCCAUUCAAUCUCAAUCUUUAAGCUGUGUUCUUCUUUUAACUGAUGAUAUAAUUAAACAACAACAACUUAUUCGUCCAUUACCAGUAUCUACAACAAAUAAAGCUUCAUCAAUUAUUUUACCCAAAUCGAAACAUUUUUUUAAAUCGACACAUAUAUGGAAUUUUCAUCAUAAAAUUGAAUUAUUAGACGAAAAUAAACAAGCUUUGGCUAGGCAAGAUUAUUAUGAAUUAUCAUAUUUUUUACCAUUAUGGUCUGUAUCACAUAUUCCAAAUAGUCGACAACCUAUUAUACGUUUUAAUAUAUUUACUCAACAUUUUGAAACAAUGUUAACAUUUUAUACACGUUUAUUUCAACGUAAACCUGAUUCAAGUAAACCAGGUUUUGUACUUUUCAUUUUACCAUCAUCACCACAUAUAAAAAUAAUUUAUCAAUUUUCAAUUAAAUAUUCACCAUCAAUUCAACCAUAUACAAUUGCUCAAAGUGCAUAUUUUAAAUUUCGUUUAAACAAUUUAGAUCAUUUUAUAAAUGAAUAUUCAAGCAAAUUAUUUACAUUAAAUAAAUUUGAAUACUAUAUUUAUGAUCCAGAUGGUAAUCUUCUUCAUUUACAUUUGUAUGAUUUAUCAAAUGUAAAAAAUAUUGAAGAAUCAAAUCAUUUAAAAACAUUAUUUCAUACAAAUGAUAGUGGAGUUGGUGACAGUAGUGAUCCACCAACAGCACAAUUAUUUAGUUCAACUGUACCACAAGGUUAUAAACCAUUUUAUCCGAUAAAUAAUGUAAAACAACAACAACAACAACAACAACAACAGCCAAUAACAGUUAAUGCUGAUAUUGAUGUUCAGAGUCACUCAUCUCAAUCAUCACAUGAUUCAGGUCGUUGGAGUUCAAUAUCAUCAAACGAAUUAAAUUCAAUGAAUCGCAUUAAACGAACAGUUCAUCAGAUUCCAAUUACAAUUGUGAACAGUAAUACGUCAACAUUAGGAGCAAGACCAAAAAAAAAUGAGAAUCAUCUCGAAGAAGCUAUUCAUAAUUAUAGAUUAAAACAAGAACAAAGAACAGUACUACCUCGUGUUAGUCUAAAACAACAAGAACAAACAAAAAGUUCAUUAUAUGAUAGCGAGCCACGUUUAUCAAAUGUAACAAGUGUCAAUAAUCGAUAUUAUUCAUCAAUGAGUGAUGUUCAAAUGAAAAGUCGUAUUCGUCCUUUUACAACUAAUCAACCAAAAUCAGUAAAUUCAAAUCAUUUUCAAACAAUAAUUGAUCAUGAUUGUGAUAUUUCAUAUGAAGUUGAUUCUCCACGUAUACAAACAGAGACAUCAUCAAUAGGAUAUCUUAAUGCAUUUUUAUUAAAAAAACGACAACAACAACUACAACAGUUACAUUCAAAUCAUUCAUCAAAUGUUCAACAAUUAAUUGCUCAAUUCGAACAGCCAAACCCAAUAACAAUGACUCGACGACCGUUAUCAGCUCCAUUAGUUGAUCAAAUUAUAAAACCUACUAAAGGUAUUUUACAACGACGUAUUAAUGGUACAAUAACACCUAUAUCAAAUAAAUCGUUACGAAAACGUUCAAAAUCUGUUACUUUUGAAUGUCAUAGUGAUGAUAAUAAUACAUCAAGUACAGAUGAUGAUAAAGUUAAAAAUCUAAUUGAUCAUUCACGAAGUCCACGAAUUAAUAUUGGUAUUACAUUAGAUUCUCGUCUAAGAAAAACACCUGUACUUGAUAUGUUAAGAAGUACAACGAUGGAAUCAGAUUUAAUUGAACCUCGACAAUUAAAUAGGACAACAUCAUUAAGACAACCAUAUUUGCCAAUGGCUCGUUUUUAA